GACCAGUGCUCUCACUUCAGGAUAACAUUAGCUCUAUCAAAGGAUGUGGAUACUCUUCUUUUUGAGUGCCUUGCUGGGGGUGUUGGGGUCAGAGGAAGCGCCCUCUGGAGCCGCUCAGCAGCAGCAACUUCAGGCCCUCCACUGCCCGCCCUGUGAGAGGAUACACUGCUCCUCCCAACGGACGCUGAAGCUCCAGUGUAAAGGUGGUGUCACGACGGGUGUCUGUGGCUGCUGCCCUGUUUGCGCCAGGGCAGAGGGGGAGACCUGUGGAGGAACCUGGGACUAUCUGGGCAAGUGUGAUGAGGGACUGGUGUGUGUUUACCAGGACGCAGCAGCUGACAAACCAGACGAAGAGCGCAAAGGGAUCUGUAAAGCUGUGAUUGAACCACUGGAUCCAGAGACCUGUCACCCAGACUGCACCCGUGAAUACUGCCAGGCCAACCCCUCUGCAAUCUGCUCUGCCAGGUUUGUGUCUCUGGAGAAAAAGGCAUGCCAGGGCUCCUGCCACCACACCUCCUGUUUAAGCUGUCUGCUGCUCAAACCCCCAUCAUGUCCUCAGGCCUGCGCCUCCUCUGAUUCUUCCUGUCUACUCCGCUUUGGGAGGUGUGUGCACAACCAUCUGACGGCAGCCCACAGUCCUGUAUGCCACAACAACCUGCAGAAUAAUCCUGAGGGGCAUUUUGUGUGUUUGGUCCCAGCCUGUCAAAGCACACUGAAGUAAUUCCUUAUGUAAGGAGAAGAAAUCCAGAGGAAAUCUUCACUAGCUCGAUGUAGCAAAAUGGAAAAAGGCAGCUAUCUCUGAACUUUGUGUGUCAUGUUUUAUAUGCCAUGUAAACCUGAAUAUAAUGCUGUGAAAUCAAAUGUAUGUUAAAUCAUGAGAAAUAAAAUCCUGUGUCAUCUUGUA